AUGUAUGACUACUUAUCUCAACUAAGCAAUAUAGAUGAUGGAGAAUUUGAAAUAGCUGAUGAUGAUGAAGACGAAACAACAGAUGAUCUCAACAUAGAUGAUGACAAUAAUGAUAGUUUUUCCUCGAAUGAUGAUUAUAGUGAUGACGACGAAAAAGACGAUACUCGAGAUUUAAUAAACACGACAAAAAAAGACUUUAUUGGAGUGAAAGUCUUUAAUAAGAUCGAACCUCACAUAGAACAAUCUUAUUUUAAAGUCACAAUAAAUAAUGAUACAAAAUAUUUACAUAAACAAACUGCUUGUUGGUUAUUAACAGGUGACAAAAGUAAACUUUCAAAUGACCGGUUACUUCGAGUAAAGCAAACCAAUAAAAAAGAAUAAAUAAAUGUUUUUUUUCUUUAUGUAAUAUUUUGUUUGAUUUUGUUUUUAAAUAAGCAGUAUUUUGUUUAAUUUAAAGUUUUAGAGUCAGUGAAUGUGCUGCACACAGGUAAUUGAAAGAUGCUGUGCACUCGUCUCUAAAUCGAAACCAAUAUGUGCCGCAUUUGACGUAACUAUUGAUGAAAAGAAUCAAGACACAACCGUUUUAGAUUUCUAUAGUGGACUUAUGGAGAGCUGCUAACGAUUUCAAGAGAUUUUAAAGGACUCCAAUGGACUUCAUUGGACUUCAAUGAACUGAAGCCCGCUGUUUCCUCCUUGGAUUAGCAUCUAACGCAUUUCAUUUUGAGAGCAAUGCUCAGAGCAUAAUUGAUAUAAGCUGAUUCUCAAUUGAUGUUAUAUCUAGACUCACGAACUUGACAUCGUGGUGGAACGCAAUAUCAUCGAUCAGCGACACAUGGCAACGGCGGAAAUAUCUGUCACGUACUUCUUUAUCUUGUUUAAUGUCUCAAGCAUAUUUCUGUUGUUCUGUACAGACGUAAAAUAGCAAAAUUGAAGCUGCUAAUCAUCGUUGGCUUGAUCCUUAGUUUGAUCGUUGGGUUAGCUCUCAUAGUUUCGUUGAUCGUCUUAUCUGUUCUCUUGACUCGAAGUGAAAACCCAGUCUCGAUUACGACAACAAACGAAACGAAUAUUGGAGGGAUAGCAAAUAGUAUGCAACUUUCUUCAAUAAAAAGAUGAACUCAUCUCUACCCAUCAAUGGUGUUUUUUCGAUGACAAAUUCAGUUGAACAUAUCUUAUCUUCAGCAACAUUCAGGGUUCCGAAAACGAAAACUCCGCGAUUAUACAAAUGUCACUAGAGCAUUUUUCGAAAUCCUCCCCCCCCCCCCCCCAGGCACACAAAAUAGGAAAAUUUAAAGAAUUUCAACGAUUGCAAGCGAGUCAAUAGAAUAGCUUAGAUUAAGUGUAUUAAUUAAGUUUGUUGAGGUGGUGAUUGGGUUGGG